GUUUUUGUCAUGCACAGUGACUGAGUACCAGAAAGGAAAGUUGCUGGUGUUACCUUUCCUGUGAAGAUAUCUUUUAACCAUGGCUAGCCAGGCAUUUUCCCCAGAGGCUGCUUUCCCUCAUGGGAGGCGGAGGGAGAGAUGGGACCCCAGGCUUCUGUCAAGGGAAAGCAGGAUACAGUGGGAAAGGCCAAAAAAGAAAGCCUGCCUCUGUGGUGGAGAUCCCCCCACAAAAAACGGAAGAAAAAGAGUAAAGCAAGAGCAGGAAGACCAGAUUUUACUAGUAUUCCAAGCAGGCCAGAAUUUCCUAGACAAGAAUUUGUUAGGGCGACGGAAUUUUCCAGGCCGACGGAAUUUUCCAGGCCAGAAUUUGCAAUAUUUGUAGGAGAGAUAACUCCUGAAGUGGAUGAUUUCUUGCUCUAUGACUACUUUUUCAAAAGGUACCCCUCCUGUGUAGACUGUAAAGUGGCAACAGAUCUGCUAGGAUACUCCAGGGGUUAUGGCUUUGUCAGGUUUUCUGAUGAAGGUGAUAUGAUGAGAGCCUUGCAAGAUUGUCAGAAUGCACCUGGUCUGGGUGGGAAGCGAAUCCGGUUGACUUUAGGAAUUUCUAAAAGAUUGAAAGCAGAAUUUCAGCGGUACCAGCCAUAUAGCUAUAAUGACUAUUACCAAGACUAUCAGAACUACUAUCGCCAGUAUAAUUAUGACAGAAAUGAACGCUUUGAUCGCUAUGAACGCCUUGACCGUUUCGAUCGAGGCAAUCGUUUUGCUGAACGUUUUCCAGACCGCUACCCUGAGCAGUUUGGUGACCAUCUUCCUGAACGUUAUGCUGAGCGCUUUGGUCCCCGUUUUGGUAACCGCUAUGGUGACUACCCAGAAUAUGGUGACUAUCCUGAAUAUGGAGACUACGCUGAUUAUGGUGACUACAACUACAGUUAUGCUUAUGACAGGAUGCAACAGACUGGAAAUAUGGGACAGCAAUCUAUGAAUCCAGCUGUAUUUCAGGAGACUUCUGCAAUGGUUAUGAAUGAUGAUUUAAUAACAGAAGAUCCACAGCUCCAUGUAGAUGUUCACAGAAUGAACAGAGAAUUUAUGGUGAGAAGUGAAGAACUCUUUGACACACUUAUGAGCUGUCAUUGGCAACCUCUGGAUACAGUCACAUCUGAGAUCCCUACCGCUUUCUAAAAGUGUCUUAUGUUAACAACAUAGCAUGACCGUUAUGAGGAAGGUGCUAAAUUUACAUUUCUUUGACAUUACUUUAGAUUCUAAGUUUUAAAGCACAGUGAUGGAUAUUUUUUUGCUAUGCUUUGAUGGCCUUUGUAAUUUUUGUUCAUCACUCAAUAUCUUGAAAUCAUGUAAAUAUUCUAGAAAUGUAAAGAGUUACAAAGUCUAACGAUGGACUUGUCUAUGUAAAUAAUAAAACUUUGUUUCUGCAAACA